GGUGAGUGACGACACAUCUCUUGGCCAAGGGACCGAACUUCUCCAUCCAUUCAGACUCUCACAUCCCCUUUGAGGGACAGAAACAUGGCUCCUCAUCUCAGCCUGAGCAGGAGCCGGGUGUGGCUGCAGACAUUGUUUGACGGAUGUUUAACGCACAUGAUUCUCUUCACGCUGCUGUGUGCACCAGCUUUUGCUCAGCUGGAUUUGAACAGAUUAGAUGGCGACACUGUGUGCCCACCCAUGAGGAACGGACAAGAUGACCUUCCAGGGUUCGAUCUGAUCACUCAGUUUCAGUUAGAUGUCAUUCCCAUGAGGGGUGUCCGAAAGGUGGAAGGUUCGACUCCCCUGCAGGUGGCGUACAGACUCGACCGAGAGGCCAACUUCCAAAUUCCAACCAGGUUGAACUUUCCGAGGGGCUUCCCCGACGAAUAUUCCUUCAUGUCCACCUUCCGCAUGAUAAAGAACACUGUGAACAAGGUGUGGAACAUCUGGCAGGUGGUGGAUGAGGACGGCUUUAAGCAGGCUGGCAUGCGUCUCAAUGGAGACCAGCAGGCCCUGGAGUUCUUUCUCACCACUAUGGAAGGAGACCUCCAGACCGUCACGUUUCCAGGUCUGUCCGUUCUCUUCAACACCAAGUGGCACAAGGUGAUGGUUGGUGUGGAGAAGGAACUGGUGACCCUGUAUGUCGACUGUCAGCCUGUGGACCAGAAACCCAUCAAGAGGAAAGGCUACGUCAACACGGAGGGAGACACUCUGAUUGGACGGCUGGAUUCUGACCCCAACACCUCUGUGGUGUUUGAGUUGCAGUGGAUGCUGAUUCACUGCGAUCCAAAGAGAUCUCAGAGGGAAAGCUGCACUGAACUUCCUGUUUCUGAGAUGUUUGCCAAUGAGGAGCCGGACCCCAAGCCUAUCCCCGGCCCACCCGGCCCUGAAGGUCCUGAGGGGCCACGUGGACCCUCGGGAGAUGAUGGUCGGGAUGGGAGAGAUGGUGUUCCAGGCACUCCAGGCACUCCUGGAGCUAUGGGCAGUAAAGGAGAGAAGGGUGAGAUUGGACUACCAGGACAGAGAGGACUUCCAGGGUUACAGGGAUCUGUGGGAGCUAUGGGACCCAUGGGGCCACGUGGGCCAGUCGGAGAAAGAGGUCUUCCUGGAUUUCCUGGACCACCUGGAGCCCCUGGACCAGAAACUGUCGGACCACCAGGACCCCCGGGAAAGCCUGGUACUCCAGGAGAUGAGGGAAACAUCGGACCAGAGGGUGCCCCUGGACCAAGAGGAGGUCUUGGCCUCUCAGGACCUCCAGGCCCACCCGGACCUCCAGGACCAGCCGGGCCGCCAGGUGCUGGGAAUCCAGAGGGGAGUGGAGAAACUUGUCAGACAACAUGUCCAGCCGGACCACAGGGGCUCCCUGGACUGCCAGGGAUGAAGGGACAUCGAGGUCUUCCAGGUGCGGAUGGAGUUCCAGGUAACCUAGGUGAAAAGGGAGAUCGAGGGGCAUCCGGAGAGCAAGGUACUGCUGGACGCCCUGGAGAAGAUGGUCAGAGAGGGGCAAUCGGAUUUCCAGGUGCUCAAGGUGAUAAGGGAGAUCGGGGUUCUCCGGGUUUUAAUGGCAUCCCAGGACCAACCGGACCACCAGGAUCUCCAGGUGUUGAAGGCAUCAGGGGCAGAGAAGGUCAUCCUGGACCCAAAGGAGAUGAAGGUGUGAUCGGAGCAUCGGGAGAGAAGGGAGCGACAGGUGCCAAGGGUGAUGCUGGUGAACCAGGAAAACACGGGUCUGAUGGAGAAACAGGAGCUCUGGGAGAGAAGGGAGAGCCAGGACUGCCCGGAGCCCUUGGUCUCCGAGGAAUUGUUGGAAUUCCCGGUUUGCCAGGAAAACAAGGACUUGUGGGACCUUCAGGCCCGAAGGGUGAGACUGGUGAUGUAGGACUGAAUGGUCCAAUCGGACCUCCUGGUAAAGAUGGUGAAACUGGACCCGCUGGAGAAGACGGAAUGCCGGGCGCUAAAGGAGCCAAUGGUGAGACAGGAAAACAGGGUCCAGUUGGUCCAGCAGGCCCACCAGGAAUCCAGGGAGAUCAUGGCGAUAAAGGACUUAUGGGUCCUCGUGGAAUCAAGGGUCACACUGGUCAUAAAGGAGAUCAGGGCCCAAUAGGUGAAGUUGGUCCUAAAGGAAGUAUGGGAGAACCAGGUGUUUCUGGAGAACAUGGCAUGAAGGGUGAACAGGGGCCCACUGGUAUCUCGGGAAUCAAGGGAGAGCAAGGACAAAAAGGCCAGAGAGGCGCCACAGGUGCCCAUGGUCGUCCUGGACAGCCGGGUCACGAGGGUCUGACCGGUCCCCAGGGUGCCAAUGGACUGGAAGGGGAAAGAGGAUUAACUGGACCCCCUGGUCCCAGAGGCUUACCUGGUCCCAAGAUGAGCGACGAGAAGAUUCGUGAAAUGUGCUCAGCUGUCGUUGAAGAACAUCUAGAUGCCUAUAAGAAAGAACUGGCAAAGAAGCCUCUUCCCCUCGCAGCCCCCGGGGCACCAGGACCCGUGGGACCACCCGGACCAGAAGGACCAGCAGGGGCUGCAGGCGUAGCUGGACCCAGAGGACUAAUGGGACCCAAGGGACCUUCAGGAUAUCAUGGUCUUCCUGGAACACAUGGAGUCAAAGGUGAUGCUGGACAAAAAGGUGAUAAAGGUGACAAAGGAAUCGGAGUUCCAGGAAUUCCGGGAGAACCUGGACGUCAAGGAACAGCUGGCAAGCCUGGCUUUGGUAAGGAUGGCAACGAUGGCGCUAGAGGAGAAGCCGGCGUGCCUGGAACAUCAGGUGUCCCUGGGGCGAGAGGAUCUCCGGGAGCUCCCGGCCUCUGCGAUCCUUCAAACUGCUACAGGCCGCCUCAACCUUUAUACAUGCUUGGCGGUAAAAAGUCGGUCAACAUCAAGGGCUAAUGAACAGAAACACCUUCAUCAUGGGGAACACAGAGACAGUCCAUUUCCCGUAAACUUGAGGACACUUUAAAUGGUGCUGUGACAAACAAAUCAAAGUGUUGUAUAGAUAGAGAGACGUACAGAUGGCUGAUGUGAUGGUGGAUGAAGCAAUUUAAAUGAUAAUCGUGCCUUGUACAUAAACUUGUUUAGAUGGGAAGAAAAUUUGAAAGGUGUGUUUGUCUACAAUUUUAAUCCUCAGGAAAAACAAAGAAAUAAAUUGAUUGGAAAUCGAUGUUUGAAUUCCUGGGACACAUAGAAAUGACAUUGUAAAUUAAUUUCAAAUGAAGCAAAGUUGAAUCAGUUUGUAGAAAAGAAAAUGUCACCGUUCCAAUGUUUGCAUGUCAUUUUGCGUAAAAUGGGAUUUUUAAAGACUGAUGUUCGUCAUGGUGCCAGAAAUUAAGCUAAAACCGCCAA